UUUCCUGGCGCCCCAAAGAGGACGACACUAAAGAGUUUAUGAUAAAUAAUUGUCCCUAAGAAAUAUUUUAAAAUUAUUUUCUCCCAAAAUGAAAAUUACCUAAACAUCUUUAGUAAUUCUAGGUUUAUUUAAUUUGAAAUAAGUAUCAAAAUUUUUAAGCAAGGUUUUUUUCACAAAUUAAUCUGUCUGGCACAGAACAUGUGAAAAAGUAGGAGUGCGUAUUAAUUUUCUCUGCAUCUGUCAUUGGAAAGUGUUUUUCCUUUUAAAAAAUAUUGCUUUGGAAUUAAGGUCAAAAUUUCGUAAAUAUACAAAAGAAUUUUAUCCUUGUAUAAAAUGGGCGACGAAGGUUCAAGCGGUACCAAAUCAUUUGCGACACAACAGGCAGAAAGGAUGAAGAGAUUGCGUGAACUACAUCGUAAAAGAAACGAAGCGAGAACACAAAAUCAUCAAGAAGUUGUGGCAGAAGAUGCUAGAAAUAAAAUGCCUCAAAACUGGGAAGCGAGGAAGCGGAGAGCUGAAUGGAUUUUGAAUGAUCAAAAAGAAAGAGAAGACGCUGCUAAAAGAGGAGAAGAUUAUGAUAGGCUCAAAUUGUUAAAUGUAUCAGCAGUUGAAGCAGAACGUCUUGAAAGAAAGAAGAAAAAGAAAAAUCCCGAUCAAGGGUUUUCAGAUUUUGAGGCAGCAACUUUCAGACAGUAUAAUAGACUGGUACGAACAAUGGCUCCGAAGGAUAUGGAGCGUUAUGAAUCCCAAAAGGAAAGAUAUGGAGAAGCAUUUUAUGCAGGACCAAAUACUAUUGUUCAUGGUUUACAUGAAGAUAGACCAGAAGCCGUUGAUAAUUUAGUUAAAAGUGUUGAAGAUCAAAUUGCUAAAAGAAAUAAAUAUUCUCGAAGAAGAAUGCACAAUGAUGAUGCAGAUAUUGAUUAUAUUAAUGAGAGGAAUGCCAAGUUUAACAAAAAAUUGGAUAGGUUUUACGGAGAACAUACUGCUGAAAUUAAACAGAAUUUGGAGAGAGGCACUGCAGUUUAAACUAAUAUUUAGUAAAUUAUUAA